AGUUGAGAUGUAUAAAUAAGGAAUUCCCGUGGAUGAAUUGUCUCAUUUGCUAGCAGUGAUUGGACCCCGAAGGAACGUUAUGCAGUCUGGAAGUGUUUAGCGGAUUUUAUUUUCUUUUUGUUUUUGUGCAGUGAUUGAAGAGCGGAACAAUAGAGUCAAAAUGUUCAAGUUGUUAUUCGUAGUGUUCUCGUUUCUGUACGUCGUAUAUUCGGCACCCCAGGCGGAAAAAUAUGAAGCGUAUCAGUACGAAUAUGAAGUCAAAGACCCCGAGAAGCAACUGUUCUUCGACAAGAACGAAGCGGGAGAUGCCGGUGGAAAGGUCUCCGGUAAAUACUCGGUUUGGCUCCCGGACGGCCGGCUGAUGACUGUGAAGUACACCGUGGAUAAGGAGAGUGGUUACGUGUCCGACGUAGACUUCCAGGACAACGCUAACCCCCUAUCGGGAUAACGGACGGCUUCCAGGCUGAACCAGAAACCUCCAACGGCACGGUAACGGACAAUUUAGCACAAUGAAGCACAACUAAAGGCGGUCGACAAAACUACCAAAACCAUCAUAGGGCGGGAGAGUGACACCAUCAGCGGCAUCUCUGUAAAGAACUCUAGAUUGUAAAUAGCGGACGUGAUUAUUUGUUAUAAGUAAAAUCAUUCCUCAUUACCAGA